UUUCCCGAGACGAUAUCCUCUAGAAACGAACGCCUUCCGCCCUUCUCCUACGUCGCUUGUUUGCGCUUUCACGAUUCCGAAUAAUAAAUCACACCCUACAACAAUCAGUUCAAAAUGGGCGAGUCGAGACAAGAGCUUGUUGCAUGGCUUAACAGCCUGCUUCAGCUUAACAUCACCAAGGUUGAGCAAUGCGGUACUGGUGCUGCUCUCUGCCAGGUUUUUGACAGUAUCUACAUGGAUGUCCCCAUGUCCAAGGUCAAGUUCAAUGUGAACUCUGAAUACCUGUAUAUCCAAAAUUUCAAGGUCUUGCAAAACACUUUUACCAAGCACCAAAUUGACAAGCCUAUUCCUGUCUCCGCACUUAUCAAGUGCAAGAUGCAGGACAACCUCGAAUUCCUCCAGUGGACAAAGCGAUUCUGGGAUCUUAACUUCCCCGACCACGAGUACGAUGCCGUUGCCCGCCGAAAGGGUGGCUCAAUGCCUCCCGCCGCCGCCGCACCACGACCUGCCGCUAGCACUGGCGCCGCUCGUCGCGUAGGUAGCGGUACCCCCAGUGGUGGACCCCGAGUUGCAAAGGCCGCUGGACCUGCUACCGCUGCUCUUCAGCAAGAAAAUGCCACAUUGAAGGAAACCGUUACAGGUCUAGAGAGGGAACGUGACUUCUACUUCAGCAAGUUGCGCGAUAUUGAGCUUCUUGUUCAACAGGCUGUCGACGAGGAUCCUGAGCUUGAGAAGCAAGAGGAUGGUCUUGUGAAGCAGAUCCAAACCAUUCUUUACUCAACAGAGGAGGGAUUCGAGAUUCCUGCUGAGGGUGAGGGUCUGGAUGACCAAGAGACCUUUUAAACUUGUUGAUGACAUUAAAGGCUUGGGAGAUGUAAUUAAUGUGACCACGAUUGGGCUAGGGGGACACACUGGUU